AUGCUAUUCUGCCACCUACAAGGAGCAGAGAAAAUUGGUCAACAUGCAAAAUUCAGCUUUUUGUUGGAGCAUAGAGAUGUUCAGAGAACACAAAAAACUAUAGGAAAACCUGCAGAGUACUAUAAAUAUGGAGUUUCUGAAGCUCUAGAAUGCCAUCAAAUGCUUCUACUAGCCAGUGUGCUUAUGUUCCUGGUCCAAGAACCAAGGGAAGUGGGCAUGUUCUAG